AUGCAUCUCGUUCCGGUUCUCACAGCCCUCGUAGCCGCCUUGGCCAACGUUACCGAAGCUCAACAGUACGUAGGGGAUGUCAUCCCCAACUCGCUGCCUAUGGUUCCCGGAUCUGAAAUCACCUACUUCCGCAUCAACGACCCUUCAGGCAAGAACAAGAACCUCACCUUGACGAACUACUACUCCCACGGCAAGAACACCGCCAAGCGCCUCGUCGAAGCCAACAUCCAGCGAGCGGUGAUCAUCAUCCAUGGCCUGAACAGAGAUCCUGGAACGUACAUGUCGAAUAUGCUCUCGGCUUUGGCCCAAGUCAAGUCGGAUCCGAACGUCAACUUCGAUACUGUGGCUAUCAUGGCUCCGUACUUUCCGAAUGGCGACGAUAAGGGCACGGGAUAUCCGUGGGUUGAUGGACAGUCGGCUGGAAAGGGGUCGACUUCGAAUGCUUUGGUUUGGAAGGCUUCUCAGUGGUCGGCUGGUGGCAACAAUCAAUACCCAUCCACCUCAAAGAAUACGUCUUCCUACACGGUCCUCGACCAGAUCGUUCAGUACUUCGACAAUCGCACGCUCUUCCCGAAGAUGCAGCAGAUCGUCGUGGCAGGCCAUUCUCUCGGCGGCCAGACUGUUCACCGAUAUGCUGCGCUCGGUGUAAACCUCAACACAAAGUCACCAGUUAGCUACUGGGUCGGCAAUCCCAACAGCUACGUUUGGCUCAGCACUGAUCGACCUUUGCCGAUAACUGGGUGUCCGGAUUAUGAUGACUAUAGAGAUGGCUACUCUGCUUUUGCAGACUAUCCCAUGACAUACGGGAUUGGGCUUGUGAAUGCUGGUCGUGCUGCUAUUCUGGCCAACUAUAACAGCAAGGCGGUCAACUACGGUAGAGGGACUCAGGAUCUUGGUGAUGAUUCUACGACAUGUGCUCCGAGAACGACGGGCAAGGAUCGAAAUGAACGUUUCUUCAACUUCAUCAAAGCCUUCCCACCUACCUGCUCGGACCCGAAAGGACGCAACUGUGAUACCGUUGACUUCGUCAAUACAGGCCAUGACGGCGGCGCAAUGAUGGCCUCUGCCGCAGGACAAGCUCGUCUCUUCCUCGACAACUUCUACGGCGACGGCAAUCGCUUCUACGACUUCGGCUAUCCUCGACAGCAAGCCAGCGAUGACCCCUAUCCCAACCCAUCUCUCAACAGCACCGCUGCCUCAGUCAACAACAACACCUACGCCGGCAACAUGACCUACUGGGGCUGCUGGUCCGAUCAAAGCCCACAGACACUCACCAACAUGACCUACCAAAGCAACGCCAACACCAUCAACCUCUGCGCCCAGACCUGUGCCUCCGGCAACAACACCAUCGCAGGCAUGGAAUUCGGCACUCAAUGCUUCUGCGGCUCAUCACUAGGCUACCGCGCCCAACAAGUCAUCGAAAGCUCCUGCCAAAACACCUGCCCUGGCAACUCCAGCCAGACGUGCGGUGGAUACAGUCGACUCUCCAUCUUCUCCAACGGCCGUCCCCAACUCCAGCCUACGCCAGGAACUCCGGAGAAUGUGGGUGAUUUCACGUACAUCGCUUGCUACACCGAGGCUUCGAGCGGUCGUGCUCUGGCAGGCAAGGGGACGUCAUCGAAUUCCAUGACGCUGAAGUUUUGUGCGAACUAUUGCUCUGGAUACCUGUACUUCGGUGCGGAGUAUGGUUCAGAGUGUUACUGCGGCAAUUAUUUUGCGAUUGGAGCUAAUAGGACGAACGACGACGAGUGUAAUAUGCUCUGCGCGAAUGAUCCUUCUGAGUUCUGUGGAGCUGGGAAUCGACUGACUGUGUAUCAAGAUGCGGAUUGGGUUGCUUCAAGCAGUGCGUCCUCCAGCGCCAGUGCGUCUGCCACGACAUCGUCCGGCUCUGCCUCUGGAUCUGGAUCUCAACCGACUGCUGUCUCUUGUCCAGUGUCAAACAACACCAUUGUCACAUCCAGCGGCAAGACCUUCACGAUCGAGUGCGGUAUUGACCAUCAGGGAGGCGACUUGACCUUUCUCAGCGUCAACGGCUUUCAGGGGUGCAUCGACGCAUGUGCGAAGAACGAUAAGUGUGUCGAUGUCAGCCUGUCGGGGAAUACAUGCUACCUCAAGUCGGUUCUUGGUGCUGCUGUGCCGAACGGAGGGAUCUGGGGAGCAAAGCUCGUCGAUGGUUCUUCCUCUUCAUCCACAGGAUCCAUUUCGACGGCUUCGAGCAGCACGGGUGCGAUCUCUAUCUCAAGCACGAUCACAGCCUCAGGCUCAGACGCUCUCUUUGGCUCUUCGUCUUCAUCUUCUGCUUCAGUGAGCUCGGGAGCCUCGUCUUCAAGUUCGUUAACGAGUGGGAGCAGCGCCACCUUCUCCAGCUCGACGUCGUCGGCAUCCUCGCUCACUUCGACAAGCACAACGCAUUCCACAUCGUCAACGACCACCUCUGGAUCCUCAGCAUCAUCCUCAACGACCCAGAGCUCAUCCCUCACCACCUCCUCCCCAUCAUCAACAACCUCCUCCCCACCAACAACCCUCUCCACAACCACCAGCACCCCCCUCCCCACAGGCUUCACCGCCCUAGGCUGCUACACCGACACCAACACGCGCCUCCUCCCGACCACAAACGGCACCUCCGCCACCCUCACCCCGCAACUUUGCGCCCUCGCCUGCCAAACCCGCGGCUACAAAUACAGCGGCACCGAAUACGCCCAAGAAUGCUGGUGCGGCAACACCCCCCCACCCGCCUCCGCCUCCGCGCCCGCCUCGCAAUGCUCCAUGCGCUGCACCGGCGACAGAACGCAGACCUGCGGCGCCGGGAACCGCCUCAGCGUCGUGGUCGACGACGCCUGGAAACAGACCUUCUUCGCCCGGGAGUCCUACUCCACUUGGAAUUUGAUGGGCUGCUACGUCGACUCGGGCGCGUCGCGCACGCUGGCGAAAUCCGUGAGUUUGGCGGCGUUUGGCGGGGCGGGGAAUGCGACGAUUGCAAAUUGUUUGGAGGCGUGUCGCGCCAAGGGGUAUGGGUAUUGUGGAGGGGAGUAUUAUUCGGAGUGUUAUGGGAGUGGGGUGGCGCCGACGGCGGCGUUGGCGAGUGGAGGGGAUGUGUUGGCGGCGGGGUGUAGCUUUCCUUGUAAGGGGAAUCAGACGGAGGCUUGUGGGGGGAGUAAUCGGAUUGUGGUUUAUGUUAAUAAUGAGACGGUGGGUUGA